AUGGCGACUACAACCAUGACAGAGGUCCUUCCUCACAAGCCCGACCUGCAGCAACAGCAACAGAAAAACCAAGCACCACCUACGGCAGCCUCGGGACGAACAAUUGAGCCUCUCGAAAUCGAAUCUACCCCAGACACAGAGCCCAACUACCCAACAGGCACCAAAUUUUGGUUCACGAUCAUCGCACUAUGCGUGGUCCUUAUCCUCGGAGGCCUAGACGCCAACAUCGUGGCUACAGCCGUACCGAGCAUCACUAACCAUUUCCACACAGUCGCCGACGUGGGAUGGUACUCAUCUGCAUUUCGACUCUGCACCUGCGCAUUCCAAUUCGGGUUCGCGAAGCUGUAUAAGCUCUUCUCAAUCAAAACUAUCUUCUUAAUAAGCAUUGUUAUAUUCCUCCUCGGCUCUUUACUCUGUGCCACGGCUACUUCGUCGAUUAUGUUCAUUGUUGGGAGAGCAGUGACAGGUCUAGGGUUCUCGGGUGAGAUGGCUGGGUGUUUUGCAGUCGUGGUGCACAUUCUGCCGCUCAACAGGCGUCCAGUGUUUGCGGGUUUAAUGGCGAUCAACCUUCCUAUUGGCGCUUUAUCCCUGCUGGCUAUGUUUUUCCUCUUCUCGGAUCCAAGAGUCCGUGAAGAGGACGACCUGACACUGGCUCAGAAAAUCAGAGAACUGGACCUCGUCAGUAACUGCUUGUUCAUCCCUUCCCUAACAGCGCUCUUUAUCGCGCUAUCUUGGGCCGGAACAAAGUAUCCCUGGUUAGAUGGGAAAGUGAUUGCAUUGUUCGUUGUAUUUGCUGUGCUACUUGCUGCUUUUGCCUUCAAUCAAUAUCGACGCGGAGACUCAGCAGCACUCCCUUUCCGCAUCAUCACAAACCGAAGUGUCAUCGCGGGCUUCAUCUUCACGACGUGCACUAAUUCAAUGACGAACGUCUUGGAGUGGUACUUACCAACAUACUACCAAGUCGUUCGAUCCCGGACCCCAAGCGAGAGCGGGUAUCUAAUGAUCCCCAUCCUCGUCGGAAUGAUGCUCGGCCUCUUUCUCCAGGGCAUCGGCACCACCACAUUCGGCUACUACGCCCCCUUUAUGAUCUUCGCCUCCAUAUGCAUGCCAAUUGCCGCAGGCUUGAUGACAACAUACGAUCUGCACACAUCACUAACCAAGAUCAUCCUCUAUUCCGGAUUCGUAGGCUUCAGCGGAGGCAUCGGGUUCCAAGCGCCCCAAGCGGCUGUUCAGACAACGUUGAGUGUGGCAGAUGUCAACCUUGGGAUUGGGGUCAUCUUGUUCGGACAGAGUAUGGGUCCGGCGGUGUUUAUCGCUAUUGCGCAGGUUAUAUUCACGAAUCAGUUGUCGUCGAGUUUGGCAGAUGUUGUACCAGGGUUGACACCUGCGUUUAUUGAACAGCACGGACUUGGCGAUAUUAAGAAUGGGGUUCCUAUGCAACGCUGGAAUGAGGUCUUGGGUGGUAUUGAUCGGAGCUUGACUCGUACUUGGUACCUUCCUGUCGCGUUGGCUUGCACGACGAUGGUGGGGAGUCUUUUGAUCGAAUGGCGCUCGGUUAAGCAGAAGCAGUCAUGA